CUGGGCACGGGGCUGGCGGGCACAGGACAGGCUGAGCUGUGCUGGGACAUGGGCAGGGCUGGGUGGGUGCCCAUGGGAUGUGGAAUUUGGUGCUGUGUUCCCACCUGGUGCCUGAGUGGAUGGCCAGGGAAGGGUUAAUGCUGGCGAGCAGCUCAGUCUUCAUGGGGGACACGUCCCCCCACGCAGGGCAUCCAGAGCCCCCACUCCAUCUGCCUCCCCAGGGCUUGUGGUGCAGGGCUUUAGCUCUGUUCAGCAUUCCAUCACUGCAGGAUUGAUUCCCUGCUCCAUCCUGCACUCCUCUGCAGCCCCUCCCCACACUUCUCAGAAAAUGUUGGCAGAGGUGGGGGACAUGCCCAGGUGCACCCACGGCAUGUGUGCCCCAGCCCCACUCCCCUUUCUCUUGGAAAGCGCUUGCCUGCUGAGUGCAGAUUGCUUUUAUCCAAACCCAAUUUCCUAGCAGGGUUCCAGGAGUCCCAGGGGACUCCCUCCCUCUGCCGAGCAGGGGGGAAAGAUCUGAGCUGGUUUCUGUUAAUUGGUUUAAUUUAUUCAGCGGUGCAGAUGUAAAACAUUUUGUUGUUGGAGAUAAUUCCACCUUUUCUGAAGUCGGGAAUCAAACGCAGCGGCUCCAGGUAGCCGACAAUGAAAUAAAUUGAAGGCAACACUUUAAAGGGGAAUCAAAGUGCUGGGCUAGAACAAUUCCCACAUUUACAUGGCAUUUUUCCACCAUGCCAUUUCCCGCUGACGCAAAUUGCCGGGGCCGCCUCUCCGGCCCCCCCUUCGCCCGCUCAUCUCGGUGUCUCUCUUGUCUCCCCGGUGCGUGCGGGGCCGCGGUGCCGCGGCUCAGGUCAGCGCCGCCGGACGGCCCCGAGCCCGACGAGCGCCCGGUGUCGGUGUUGAGCUCCCUCAGCUACAGGAAGCGGCCGGGCCUCAAGGAUUCCAUAGGCGGCCGCGGCGAUGAGCAGACGCUGUUCAGCGCCCUGGGCGAGCGGCCGCCUUCCCCCGAGCGCCCUCCGCGCCGGGCGGCCCGCGGCGGCGAGCCCCGGGACCGGGCUGCGGUCAUCGCCCGCGCCUUCGCCGACGCCAGCGGCCGGGCUCGCCAAGGGCUGGACAAGCGGUGGUCACUCUCGGCCACCGACGUAGAGAAAGCUUCUGUCGCCUCCGCCCCAGUGAGCCGCGUCUCCUCCGCCUCCUGGCGCGGGCUGGAGGACGGCGACGAUGGUGACGAGGGGUGCUCGGUGCUGAGCUUCGCCCUCUCCAGCCCCGGCAGCUUGCGGAGCCGGCGCGGGGGCCCCGAGGGCCGGCCGGAGUCGCGGCUCUCGCUGGCCCGCAGCCACUUGGAUGAGGCGGACGAGGGGUCCCGCGGGCAGCCGCUCUUGGGGCGCAGCUUCUCUGUGCCCCCACGGCCCCGCAGCGCAGCCUCCGAGGAGGAGGAGGGUCCUGGGGAUGCUCGUCCCGUGCAGCGCCGCUCCUACCUCGACCCCGACCUGGAAGCUGCCAUCCAAGAGGUGCUGAGCUACCGCCCGCUGCGGACCAGGGGCUACUCCAGCCCCGACGCCGACUCGGGGGAUGACGGCCGGAGCAUCCGGAGUGUCCGGAGUGCGGCCCCCCUGGGCGCUGCUGACCGCCCCUCCGGCAGCCUGCGCCGCUCCGCGUCCGCCCUCGACUUCUCCCGGCACACCUGCCGCUGCCGCAGCAGCUCGGGCUCCUCCGAGGAAGAGGAAGAGCAGAAGAAGAAGAGCUCCAAGAAGCGUUCCAAGAAAAGCAAGAAGAAAUCCAAAAAGAAGAAGAAGAAACAGCAGUCAUCAUCCGAGUCCAGUUCCUCCUCCGAGUCCUCCUCCGGCUCCACCAGCUCCUACCGCAGCACCUCCAGUGUCAAGAAGGGCCCUCGGGGGGCGGGGAGCGAGGAGCCCACACGUCCUGCCCGGGGCAAGAAGGAGGAGAAGCAGCGGAAGAAGCAGGUGGACAACCUGAUGAUGAAGUACCUGUACCGUCCCGAGAGCGACUGAGGCAGGAG